AUGAGGAAUUAUUAAUUAAAGCUAUCACCCUGACGAGCUGGACCCUGGCAUGGCUGAAGGGUGAUUGGCGAAAGUGUUCUCCUUUGGAGAAAAGACUUUUUGUGCUCGUGACGCAGUCAGGGACGGAUUAUUGAAUAUGCAAGUUAGAAGAAAAAUCACAGGACAAGCAAAUUGAGUAUUUACUGGCAAAUAAUUGCUCUCUUAAGCUGUGGCUCUCUUCCUAAAAUUCUUAACAUUCCCGGGGGUUAGAAAGAAACUCAGAAAAAUGCAUCGGUACAGAGUACAUUUCAAAAAAAAUACAUAGACUGAUGUUUCAGAUUUGUGCAGAAUGUUUCAUCGUCACUAACUCGAUAUUCUUCACAACACUGCUAGCUGCAGGAGUUUUCUGUGGAAAAGCAGGAAAAGAGAAGUGGAAGAAGAAGGAAUCCCUUCAUUUCCUGUAAUAAGCCCACCAAGUAUCACUACUUCUGGUGGGAGUCUGGAAAAAAACUGUCAGAGGACACGUCUGAACUUUGCUGGUGGCGAGAGUAGCAGUGGCUGGCACAUUUCCGCUACGUUGUGAGAAAAGAAGAAUUAGCUGAAAUAAAACCUUGCUUUCCAUAUGGUGGACUUGAAAUGCAGCGUUGAAAAGUUCUGUGACCAUCAGAUUCUCAGCUGUCCUUUCUCUUUAUAUGCUGCCGCUCUCAGUUCCCUGCCCCAAUGAACAUCUGCACUAGUCCCAAGCCUUGGAGUGAUUUACCUGAAGAGUGACACCAUUUAUUUGGAAACUACUAUGAGGAAACUGAAGCCCAGAGAGGUGAAGUGAGGUGCCCAAGGCCACACAGCAAGUUAGAGGCACAGCUAGUACAAUAGCUCAAGUCUCCUGACUCCCAGUCCAGUGCUCCUUCCAUUACUCCACGGGUCCUGUCUCUAAGCUUCCUGACAAAUGCUAGAACGGAAGAAACCCAAGACAGCUGAAAACCAGAAGGCAUCUGAGGAGAAUGAGAUUACUCAGCCGGGUGGAUCCAGCGCCAAGCCAGGCCUUCCCUGCCUGAACUUUGAAGCUGUUCUGUCUCCAGACCCAGCCCUCAUCCACUCAACACAUUCACUAACAAACUCUCACGCUCACACCGGGUCAUCUGAUUGUGACAUCAGUUGCAAGGGGAUGACCGAGCGCAUUCACAGCAUCAACCUUCACAACUUCAGCAAUUCCGUGCUCGAGACCCUCAACGAGCAGCGCAACCGUGGCCACUUCUGUGACGUGACGGUGCGCAUCCACGGGAGCAUGCUGCGCGCACACCGCUGCGUGCUGGCAGCAGGCAGUCCCUUCUUUCAGGACAAGCUGCUACUGGGCUACAGCGACAUUGAGAUCCCGUCGGUGGUGUCAGUGCAGUCAGUACAAAAGCUCAUUGACUUCAUGUACAGUGGCGUGCUGCGCGUGUCGCAGUCAGAAGCCCUACAGAUCCUCACGGCCGCCAGCAUCCUGCAGAUCAAAACCGUCAUAGAUGAGUGCACACGUAUAGUGUCACAGAAUGUGGGUGAUGUGUUCCCGGGCAUCCAGGACUCCAGCCAGGACACACCGCGGGGCACUCCUGAGUCAGGCACGUCAGGCCAGAGCAGUGACACAGAAUCGGGCUACCUUCAGAGCCACCCACAGCAUAGUGUAGACAGAAUCUACUCAGCACUCUAUGCUUGCUCAAUGCAGAAUGGCAGUGGUGAGCGCUCCUUCUACAGUGGUGCGGUGGUCAGCCAUCACGAGACUGCACUCAGCCUGCCCCGUGACCACCACAUGGAAGACCCCAACUGGAUCACCCGCAUCCAUGAGCGUUCGCAGAUGGAGCGCUACAUGUCCACCACCCCUGAGACCACACACUGCCGCAAGCAGCCCAGGCCCGUGCGUAUCCAGACCCUGAUGGGCAACAUCCACAUCAAACAGGAGAUGGAGGAUGAUUAUGACUACUACGGGCAGCAAAGGGUGCAGAUCCUGGAGCGCAAUGAAUCUGAGGAGUGCACAGAAGACACUGACCAGGCUGAAGGCACCGAGAGCGAGCCCAAAGGUGAAAGCUUCGAUUCAGGUGUCAGCUCUUCUAUAGGCACUGAACCUGACUCAGUGGAACAACAGUUUGGGCCUGGAACAACACGGGAAGGCCAGGCAGAACCCACUCAACCAGAGCAGGCUGCUGAAGCCCCUGCUGAGGGCAGCACACAGCCAAACCAGCUAGAAACAGGUGCCUCCUCUCCAGAGAGAAGCAAUGAGGUAGAAAUGGACAACACCGUCAUCACUGUCAGCAACAGCUCAGAUAAGAGUAUCCUGCAACAGCCUUCAGUCAACACAUCUGUUGGGCAGCCAUUGCCAAGUACCCAGCUCUACUUACGCCAGACAGAAACCCUCACCAGCAACCUGAGAAUGCCUCUGACCUUGACCAGCAACACACAGGUCAUUGGCACAGCUGGCAACACCUACCUGCCAGCCCUCUUCACUACCCAGCCUGCAGGCAGUGGUCCCAAGCCUUUUCUCUUCAGUCUGCCACAGCCCCUGGCAGGCCAGCAAACCCAGUUUGUGACAGUAUCCCAGCCCGGCCUGUCAACCUUUACUGCACAGCUGCCAGCGCCACAGCCCCUGGCCUCUUCUGCAGGCCACAGCACAGCCAGUGGGCAAGGUGAAAAAAAGCCUUAUGAGUGCACUCUCUGCAACAAGACUUUCACCGCCAAACAGAACUACGUCAAGCACAUGUUUGUACAUACAGGUGAGAAGCCCCACCAAUGCAGCAUCUGUUGGCGAUCCUUCUCCUUAAAGGAUUACCUUAUCAAGCACAUGGUGACACACACAGGUGUGAGGGCAUACCAGUGCAGUAUCUGCAACAAGCGCUUCACCCAGAAGAGCUCUCUCAAUGUGCACAUGCGCCUCCAUCGGGGGGAGAAGUCCUACGAGUGUUACAUCUGCAAAAAGAAGUUCUCCCACAAGACCCUCCUGGAACGACAUGUGGCCCUGCACAGUGCCAGCAAUGGAACCCCUCCUGCAGGCACACCCCCAGGUGCCCGCCCUGGUCCCACAGGCGUGGUGGCCUGCACGGAGGGGACCACCUACGUCUGCUCCGUCUGCCCAGCAAAGUUUGACCAAAUUGAGCAGUUCAACGACCACAUGAGGAUGCAUGUGUCUGACGGAUAAGUAGUAUCUUUCUUUCUUAUGAACAAAACAACAGAAAAAGAAAUAAACAAACAAACAAAGCUAUGGCACUAGAAUUUAAGAAAUGUUUUGAUUUCAUUUUUACUUUCUGUUUUUGUUUUUGUUUCGUUUCAUUUUGUACUACAUGAAGAACUGUUUUUUGCCUGCUGGUACAUUACAUUUCCGGAGGCUUGGGUGAAUAAUAGUUUUCCCAGUCUCCCUCGGAUGGUGGCCUUAAGGCCUGGUAGUGCUUCAGGAGAUCCACUGGUUGGAUCUCUAGCUACUGGCCUCUAAAUACAACCCUUCUUUACAAAAAAAAAAAAAAAAAAA